UUAGAGCCCAACCAAGAGGUGCUCUUAACUCACGGCGAUUCUGUGAAUCAGGUCGCGGAUGGGUUUAAAACCAUUGGGAAGUCGAGUCUUAUUGUCGCGAUCGCCAACGAGAAGCUGAGGUUAUAUGGAAUGCAAUUCCAUCCCGAAGUAGAUCUGACGACAAAUGGCAAACAAAUGCUGAAGAAUUUCUUGAUAGACAUCUCAGGAUUGAGCGGCAAUUUCACGAUGGCUUCGCGUGAGAUGGAGUGCAUUGAAUACGUGCGCAAAGCUGUCGGCAACAACAAAGUCUUAAUGUUUGUGAGCGGAGGUGUGGACUCAACCGUUUGCGCGGCAUUACUACGUAAGGCAUUAAAGGAGGAACAGGUGGUCGCUGUUCACAUCGACAACGGCUUUAUGCGGAAGAAUGAGAGCGAAGCCGUUGAAAAGUCACUGAAAAGUAUUGGACUCAAACUC